AUGAUGAGCCGUGUUGCCGGCCUGUUCCGGCCCAAAGAGGCACCGGUGGUGGAGCAGGAGAUUUUGUCCGAGAAGACCGCGGCGGAUAAGGAGGCCAACGUCAUCAGCCACUCCCAGAACGACAACAGCUCACCCUCGGCGGACAAGUCCCCCGACACGAAAUGGGAGACAGAAGAGAUACUGUCGGAUGUUCAGGCGGGUAUUCAGGAUGUCGAGGCACUUGCGAAGGUCUGGACGAGGUGGAGUUUGAUUGUGGCGUACAUUACGAUCUGGUUCAUCUAUUUUGUCGACGCCAUGCAGCAAGGCAUGUCCACGACCCUCACACCGUACGUCACGAGCGCAUUCAAAAGCCACUCGCUGACGGCCGCGACGAGUAUCUUCUCCAACUUGAUCGGUGGGCUCUUCAAGCUGCCGCUGGCCAAAGUGUUGGACAUCUGGGGGCGGCCGCAAGGGUUCACGGCUAUGAUGGUCUGCCUGACGAUCGGGUUGGCUAUGAUGGCCGCGUGCAACAACGUUGAGACGUAUGCGGCGGGCCAGGUGUUUUACUGGGUUGGGUACAACGGCAUCAGCUACACGAUCUCGGUGUUCAUUGCGGAUACCUCGGCGCUGAAAAACCGGGCACUGAUGCUGGCUUUCGCGGCUUCGCCGUAUAUCAUCACGGUGUGGAUUUCCGGCCCGCUGGCUGAUGCGUUCUACCAUGGGCCUGGUUUUCGUUGGGGGUUUGGCUCGUUUGCCAUCAUCACGCCUGCGAUCUGUACGCCGCUUCUGGCUCUCUUCUACUUCAAUUACCGGAAGGCUCGGCAGAUGGGUCUCAUCCCUGAGCGGAAGAGCGACCGGACGUUUCUGCAGUCACUCAAACAUUACGUGAUCGAGUUUGAUGCAGUCGGGCUGCUCCUGAUAACAGGGGGGUUGGCCUUGUUCUUGCUGCCAUUCAGUUUGUACGCGCAACAGCCCCUAGGAUGGAAGUCACCGAUGCUCAUCGCUUUCUUCGUUGUCGGCGGUCUGCUCAUUAUGGCUUUUGCGGGAUACGAAAAAUUCGUCGCGCCCAAGACAUUCAUCCCGUAUGAGCUGCUCAUGGACCGCACGGUGCUGGGCGCCUGCGUACUGGCAGGGGUAUUGUUCGUUUCCUUUUAUAUCUGGGACAGCUACUUCUCGUCUUUCCUGCAGGUGGUCAACGGAUUGGACAUCACCAAGUCAUCGUACAUCAUGAACAUCUACAGCUUGGGGAGUUGCUUCUGGUCUAUUAUUGUGGGCGUGCUGAUCCGGACCACGGGCCGCUUCAAAUGGCUGGCUCUAUACUUUGGCGUCCCGGUCACAAUUCUUGGUGUCGGUCUCAUGGCGCAUUUCCGCCAGCCGGAUGUCAACAUCGGGUACAUUGUCAUGUGCCAGAUCUUCAUCGCCGUGGCCGGGGGUACACUCGUCAUUUGCGAACAAAUGGCGGUCAUGGCGGCCACGACCCAUCAGUACAUCGCCGUCGUGUUGGCAAUCGAGUCCAUGUUCUCCAAUGUGGGCGGCGCUAUUGGGUCGACGGUUGCGGCCGCGAUCUGGAACGGCGUGUUCCCGAAGAAGCUGGCGGACCAUCUGCCAGUGGAAUUGCAAGGAAACGUGACGAGUAUUGUGGCAUCCUUGGAGACGCAGUUGUCGUACCCGCUUGGUUCGGCGACGCGUGUGGCGAUUCAAAAGGCGUAUGGCGAUGCACAGCGGAUUAUGAUUAUUGCGUCGACGGUGAUUCAGGUGUUGUCGAUCAUUUCGGUGGUGGCGUGGCGGGAUAUCAAGGUGAAGGACUUUAAGCAAGUCAAGGGGUUGGUUGUUUAG